UAUUGAUGCCAAAAAGGGCGUGUUUGUACAUAUGCAAAACCAUUGUGCAUAAAUCUAAAAUCCAUCUCAAUCAGACGAUAAUCAAUUUCAUUACUGCAGUUUGAGCCGGCUGCAGUUUAAUUUUCCUCUGCAGGUUCUGUACUAAGAGACUUACGUUAUCAGACAGAAGGUGUAAAGGGGAGUGCCUCCUCUCCCCUCUCCCCAGCUCUGCCUCCUCAGGAGUGGAAAGCAAUGAUGUAAUGUGCCUGACUGCCUCAGAAUGAGCAGCCCCCCUCUUCUGCGUUUCAUCCCCCCUUUCUCUCUCUCUCGCUCUCUCUCUGCCUCUCUCUCUCUCUGUCUCUGUCUCUGUCUCUCCCUCCCAUCCUCUGCUGCUGAUGCUGGUGGUGGCUGGCGUUUGUAUGUGCUGUGCCGUGUGAGCUGCAGCCCUGGGCAUCUCUGGGGAUCCCUGCAGAGCUACUGUUCCUCUUCUGCCUGUGACGGCUGGGGCUCGCCCACUCGCAGAAAAGACCCUCUCUUUCAUCGGAAAAGAUUGCUAAAAAAACCUGUGUGGAAAAUAACACAAGCACAUGGAGACAAAGGUGACCACCGGUUCUCACAUCAGUACACGGCUCUCCUUUUCAGGAGUUUGAGGAGAAGAAGAGAAAUAAACGAGCGAGGGAAAAGAUCUUCAUGAGCACCAGAAAAUCCAGCGAUAAAACACACUGAGACACAGGCAGCAAAAUGUGGACACAGAACAUGACACGUGUCUCUUUCCUAUAUCUCCUCCAUGUUCUCCUGGUUGGAUGGGGUCAAGCAGCAGAAGACGACGUCACCCCUCGCCUCAGUUUCUCUUACAAUGCAAACGAGAGGUCGGCCAAGAGAUUUUCACCCGACAGAGUCUUCAAUUACACCUCUCUGCUCCUCAGUAAAGAGGAUAACAUGCUGUACGUUGGUGCUCGAGAGACUCUCUUCGCACUCAAUAUCAGCGAUAUCAGCAGAACACAGCUGCAGCGUAAUUUAACAUGGAGCACACCACAGAUAAAGAGAGAACAGUGCAGUUUCAAAGGGAAAGAUUUACAGACUGACUGCUUCAAUUACAUCAAGAUCUUACUGCGUGUGAACAGCACUCACCUGUACGUGUGUGGAACGUAUGCUUUCAGCCCUGUCUGCGCAUACAUCAACACAUCUGAUUUUUCCCUGGUGCGCAAUGAGAUGGGAGAAAUAGUCACCGAAGAUGGUCGUAGCCGGUGUCCUUUCAACCCUGAAUACAAGUCUACGGCCAUCAUGGCCGAUGGAGAACUGUAUGCCGGCACAGUCAGUAACUUCCAAGGGAAUGAGCCCAUCAUUUACAAAAGCCUUGGCCAGGGCACAGCGUUAAAGACUGAAAACUCACUGAACUGGCUUCAAGACCCUGCUUUUGUGGGCUCAGCUUAUAUUCAGGAGAGUUUGCCCAAAGGCAACAUAGUUGGCGAUGAUGAUAAGAUUUACUUCUUCUUCAGUGAAGCGGGAAAGGAGUUCGAUUUCUUUGACAACACCAUUGUGUCACGCAUCGCUCGCGUGUGUAAGGGUGAUAAAGGUGGAGAGAGGGUCCUUCAGAAGAAAUGGACAACCUUUCUGAAAGCCCAGCUCCUGUGUUCACUGCCUGAUGAUGGGUUCCCUUUCAACAUCAUCCAGGACAUGUUUGUACUGACCCCCAGCAAGGAGGCCUGGAAGAGUACUGUGUUUUAUGGAGUCUUCACCUCACAAUGGUACAAAGGUGCGUCAGGCAGCUCAGCUGUAUGUGCGUUCACCAUGGACCAGGUCGAAGAGGCGUUUAAUGGACGUUACCGGGAAGUUAAUCGCGAGACGCAGCAGUGGUACACCUACAACCAUCCGGUUCCGGAACCCAGACCUGGAGCGUGCAUCACUAACACGGCCCGCGACCAAGGGAUCUCCUCCUCCCUGCACAUGCCUGAUAAAGUGCUGAACUUUGUGAAGGACCACUUCCUCAUGGAUAGCAUGAUCCGCAGCCAGCCUCUGCUGCUCAAACGAAACGUGCGCUACACGCAGCUCGCAGUGCACCGAGUACAGGCUCUUCACAAGACAUACGAUGUGCUCUUCAUCGGCACAGAUGAUGGCAAAAUUCACAAAGCCAUCAACGUUAACGACAAGAUGUAUAUCAUUGAAGAGCUGGAGAUUUUCCCCGAGCAUCAGUCUGUACAGCACAUCGAAUUGGAUGAUGAGAAGGGACUGUUGUUUGUGUCCAGCUAUUCUGGGCUGGUUGAAAUCCCUCUUGCCAACUGCUCCAACUACCAGAGCUGUGGAGAGUGUUUGCUGUCUAGAGAUCCUUACUGCGCCUGGACAGGGAAGCAGUGUUCAAAUAUCAAACACGCGCCAACUAAGAGCCACUGGCAACAAGAUGUUGAUGACGCCGACACUGCAGUGUGCAAAAUAACAAUCGCUAACCCUCGUUCUGCAAAACCAACUCCACCACGUGUUCCACCAUGCCAUGUGGUACAAAUACCAGCCAACAUAUUUACGGUUCUUCCCUGCAAGCUGCGAUCCAACUUGGCUGAAAGGCGAUGGGAAUACAGUCAUACCGCUGAGCGUUUUGUCUACCCUAGUCCUGACGGCGGGCUGGUGGUUGUAGCCCAAGUGGACAAGGAGGAGAUCUACCAAUGUUGGUCAGAAGAAGGUGGCUACCGACAACUUCUGGCCAAUUAUUGCGUCAAAGUGGAGCACGAAAGCACCACCCUGACUGGACAUUCCCGAACGCAGUUGGUACCCCAAGGGGAAGCGAUUAUUCUACCCGGGGAAACACGGUCGCCGCAGAAAACCAAAACAUACUGGAAUGAGCUGAUCGUUGUGUGUGCCUUACUCGUGUUCUCCCUGGUGGUCCUUUCACUGUUCGUGGCGUACAGGAACCGAGGCAGGAUGAAGUCCAUGCUGAAGGAAGGCGAGUGCCCCAACAUGCAACAGAAGAAACCGCGAAUUCCAGGGAAGCACACGGAAAGCCUUCCAUUAAAUGGCAACAACAUCCCGCCCUCAGUGUCUGACCACAAGGGCUACCAGACGCUCAAUGAUAAGUACAUCUGCAGCACUCCCACCCACGAGUGCUCCUCACCCGAGAACAGCAAGAGCUUCUCCGAAUCCGAAAAGAGACCCUUGAACUUAAAAGAGAGCCACGUUGAGAUCUCGCCGACUUGUCCGCGGCCUCGAGUGCGACUGGGCUCGGAGAUCAAAGACUCCAUCGUUUAAUUCUGUUUGGGAUGACUGUUAAAAAAAAGUGGCCUCUGAACUGAACGGCACCAAGUGAGGGACAGACUGAAAAUGACUGGAAGCGUACCAUCACUGGGUUUUAUUUUGCACUUCGUCUCCUCUCAUUUUGUCUUGGUGAUCUGUUCACAUUUCUCAGUCACUGCCAAGUCUGUGAAACACCCAGAGCCACGCUGAGCGGGACACAAGGCCUAGAGUACACUUUGAAAAAUAAUAGCGGGCAUUGUGAGACAUGCCGAUCUGGCCGUCCCACCCGGUCCGUCCAAAAAUGUCUGGUGGCAUCUGUGUGAAAGCAAUACGAUGCCCUCAGGGUCCACUAACCGGUCAUGCUCCUAUCUCAUCCCUCGGUCUGCCGUGUAGAGUUGGUCGUCCUGUGAACGGGAAAACGAAAAUUCUAACUUUAGUCUACAAUAGAGUCUCUGCCAAACUUAGUGCCUGAUGUGAGAUGAUUAGCUGACAUUUCAACACAAUAUAAGGCAUAGUGGUGCAUCAAAACCUUUGAUGAUAUAUGCAAAACCUUUGCGCAGUAUAUCAUCAUGACCUCAGCACAUAGUAGGCAUACUAUGCAAAUCACAUUAAGGAGAAGCAUCUUGUAGAGAGCUAACAGCACACGGAUGUCCUAGUACACUAAGUGAUGCCACGACCUCAGUAUUCUACACCGCUUCUCAGAGGUACACACGUUAAGGUAUGCAAAUAAGUUUGAGGCAUAUGGAGAGCCCACCGUGGGGUUUCAGUGUGGAGAGAACUCCAAAGAAGGCAUGUUAGCAAUACUGUAAGUAUGUCCAGGGCACAAAUUACAUUCUGAAGAUGCAGGAAUUUGAAUAACUCUAUGUUCCUUAUACCCCCAACCAAAAUCAGUUGCUACCAAUAAUAGACCAUUUAAACCAGUGGUUCUCAGCCUUUUUGACUCCACAGCCCCCCAUAGUCCAGAAUAUAAUUAGAGGAUCCCAUGACUUAUCCACUUGAAUUCUCAUAUAUCUAAGUUUAAAGGAUUCUAUUGCUUCAAAGACAAAGUUUUUUAAAAUUAAUAUUUAAUUUGUCUUAUUUUUAAUAGUUUGAAGUCAUUUCGAGGCCCCUGUUGAGAACCACUGAUUUAAAGUGAUAGUUCAUGCACAAAUGAAAAUUCUGCCAUCUUUUACUCCCCCUCCAAAUGUCAAAUGGAAGUCAGUGGUUUCCAGUCUUGUUUUGGGCCCCACUUAGACAAAAACAGCAGAAACAUUCUUCAAAAUACAAUACCUCUAUUUGUGCUCCCCAGAAGAAAGAAGGUCACACAUGUUUAGAACAACAUGAGAGUGAGUAAAUGAUGACAGAAUUUUCAGUGGCAGCUUAACUGUCCUUCGAAGUAUAGUGCAUUAUACAGUCAAUGGAAGUGACCGAAUGUCUUGUCUUGAGAUUGUUUACUGAUUCAAAUUGGUUGUUGUGAUUUUAAUGAACCAUUUCAGAUCUCUUUGGAUCUGUCAAGAGCUCUGUUCUCUUGACUCAAAAGUGUACCUUGUUCAGAUUUCACACCGUUCUUGCCAUGUUGUAAAUUCGAAUGAUGAAUUUCCGGUCGGACAGAAUGAAAACUUGUGGCUAAGACUUUACAUGCCAAAUUUGCGCUAAGCUAUGAGAUCAAUGCCGGCGAAGAGUGUAAAGUGACCAGCAGAUUUUUUUUUUUUCAUGAAAAAGUGCCAUGUUCACUGUAACACCUUAAGUCAAAUCAGGCUAACAGAUGUUUUUGUGUGGGAGCAAUGACAUAUAUGUAUAUAAAAAAGUCAGUUAUAAAUUGUCAGCUGCCAAGAGUGUCAUACUGGAUCAAAAAAAAAGAAAAAAGAAAAAGUACAGUACUUGGUUGCUGCACAGCAAUGGGAUGGAAACCACAAAAUAAGACACAAAUGUAAGUUACUACUAUAGAAUACAUAAGGAUCCAUGUAAAAAUGUAUAUUAAUAACACACACACACACACACACAAAAUAUAUAUUUUUUAAAUGUCUAUUUCCAGUGUCAACAUAUUUCCAGUAAAAUUCCCAAAGACAAGCAGUGUAUAUUGCACCACCCAAAUGUGUAAUAUUUGAUUGCCAUUGAUCUUUAAAGAUCACAUAGACAUCUGUAUUAUGAAUGUACUUAUGUAUUGAUUGAACGUGUUCCAAAAUUAUUCUUUCAAUCGAAAAACUGUAUUAUUUAAAUUUGUGCUGAAUGUUUGAAAACAGGACAUUUACUUUAACAUGAUCUGAUGGACCAUGACAUUGAUCACAACGUUGUAUAACUGUAUUUGUAAGGGGAGGUAGAGAAUUGCUUUAAAUGUUUUUGACGCUGCUUUUUUUUUUUUUUUUUUUUUUUAUACCCGAAUGCGUUACAAAUACAUUUUUUUUUUUUUUUUUUUUCUUUUGUUCUAUUUUAUUUGCACAGAAUGUGGAAAUGGCUCAAAUGAAAGUGUCUGGGAAUUAAUAUUCUCUUGACAUUGCUGUAGCAAGUACUAGUUGAAUUUUGUUAAUGCCUCCGAGCUAGAUUUUGUGACUCAAAGGGUAUGCGGGAAAGUAAAUGUAAUGUUGUAGCCUUUUUGUGACUCAAACACGUGUGCAAAAAGCAAACCUGGCAUGCAUGUCUGAUCUGGUGGACUACACAGUAGAAUUAUCUAGUACAUGUAAAGUCGCAAACCACUGUAUAUUGAAUGGUCGUCUGUGCAACAGUCCACUGCAAGGCUAUGUCUCCACUGUGCUAAUGAAUAUCUACAGAGGUCCCCUAAUAUAUAUAUAUAUAUUCACACACAAAAAACACUUACAGACUAUAUUUAAAGCACAAAAAAAAGAAAAAAACUAUGUAUUUGUAAAAAUGAUAUAACUGUUUUACAUAUGCUCAGACCUCUGUUCGAAAAUCACAUUCAAAAUCACAUUUAAAAUGUAAGCAAAUUUGCUUGUUUUUUAGUACAUCAUCUGAUUAUUAUUACUAGCGUGCCGUUUUACAGAGUAGAUAAUGUGAAAACUUCACUGUACAUCAGCUGCUACCUACAAAUGGUAGAUUUAGUCACCUAUAGAUUGUCAUAAAGUUACAUAUUUCAGUCCUGAACUGACUCAGACAUAAGAGUUACUGGACUGUUAGCGCUCUGCUACACUCUUCAGUACUCAGAUACAUUCUUUAUAUUGGUGCACAAAGAUGCUCUGACCUAUUGUAAGUUAAUGUCUUGUAAACUUUAAUGUAAAGGUAGGUGUAUUUGUACAUUUUGCUGCCAAUGUAAAGAAAAACAAAUGUUGUGAAAUGUAUUUUUUGUAUUAUGUUGUUUUUAUUAUAUUGUACAUAAAAGCACUUUAAUUUUAAUUUUUUAAAUAAAAGAAAUAAAACCA